CGCACCGCCCACUUCCGUCCUUCCAAGAUACCCCUCUGUUUACCUCCAUUCCCCCUCCUUCAUCCUCCCCCCACUCCUCGCUGCCGUUGUCCUUUGUCACGCCCAUCAUGGCUCCGAGAGUCAUUGUCGUCGGUGCCGGCCUGUCCGGUCUGAGCGCUGCUCAUACCAUCUAUCUUUCUGGCGGAAAUGUGCUGCUGCUUGACAAGAACAACUUUAUGGGAGGAAACUCCACCAAGGCCACCUCCGGAAUCAACGGCGCCCUCACGAGGACCCAGAUUGAUCUCAACAUCAAAGACAGCGUCAAGCAGUUCUACGAUGAUACUCUCAAGUCUGCGCGAGACAAGGCGCGGCCGGACCUGAUCAAGGUGCUUACCUACAAGUCCGCGGCGGCAGUCGAGUGGUUGCAGGAUGUCUUUAACCUCGAUCUUACUCUGGUAUCGCGGUUAGGAGGCCACUCCCAACCUCGCACCCACCGUGGUCACGAUGCCAAGUUCCCCGGUAUGGCCAUCACAUAUGCUCUCAUGCAGCGGUUCGAGGAGCUGUCGGAGGCUGAGCCAGACCGCGUCCAACUCAUCAAGAAGGCGAAGGUCUUAAGAGUCAACAAGGAGGGAAACACCGCCACUGGCGUCACAUACUCGUUCAACGGCGAGGAAGUUACUGUGGACGGUCCCGUCGUCCUCGCAACGGGUGGAUACGCGGCAGACUUCACUGAGGACUCGCUGCUCAAGAAGUGGAGGCCCGACACUUAUGGCCUGUCUUCCACCAACGGCGCUCACGCCACCGGUGACGGCCACAAGAUGUUGAUGAAGAUUGGCGCCAACGGCAUCGAUAUGGACAAGGUCCAGGUCCACCCGACUGGCCUCAUUGACCCCAAGGAUCCCGGCUCUAAGUGGAAAUUCCUGGCUGCUGAGGCACUUCGCGGCGAGGGUGGUCUCCUUCUUAACGGCAAGGGCCAGCGGUUUUCCGAUGAGCUCGGCCACCGUGAUUAUGUCUCGGGCAAGAUGUGGGAGGAGAAGGAGAAGGGACAAUGGCCUAUUCGCCUGGUCCUGAACUCCAAGGCGUCCAACGUCCUGGACUUCCACACUCGUCACUACUCCGGCCGUGGUCUGAUGAAGAAGAUGACUGGCAAGGAGCUGGCCAAGGAGAUCGGUUGCGGCGAGGAUGCUCUGCAGAAGACCUUCAGAGAGUACAACGCCAUUGCCGAGGGUAAGGAGAAGGACCCCUUCGGCAAGAAGUUCUUCCACAACUUCCCCUUCAAUGUCAACGACACGUUCCACGUUGCAUUGAUGGAGCCUGUUCUGCACUUCACCAUGGGCGGCAUCGAGAUCAACGACCAAGCACAGUGCCUGAACAGCGACGGCAAGCCAUUUGAAGGUCUCUAUGUCUGCGGUGAGCUGGCAGGCGGUGUCCACGGCGCAAACCGUCUCGGUGGCUCGUCGUUGCUUGGGUGCGUUGUGUACGGUCGCGUCGCUGGUGACUCGGCGUGCAAGUACCUCUUCCAGAAGCUGCUAAGCGGCGGUGCAUCGUCAGCAGCACAGCGUCUGGGCCAGAUCAGCCUGCACAUUGACCCCGCACAACCGGGCAAGGUGUCGGUGGAAUGGGGCAGUGGUGCAUCGGGCUCGGGCUCGAGCUCAGGGUCUGGUUCUGGCUCUGGCACCGAAGACGCAAUCGCGAAGCAGAAGCAGCAGUCAGCAGCGCCGGUCAUGGGAGGUGGUGCUAAGGACGCGGCCGACCCUGGCAAGGCUAGCCAGCCCAACAAGCUCAAGGAGUUCAAGGUGCCCGAUGACGAGUACACGCUCGAAGAGGUGGCCAAGCACAACAAGAAGGACGACCUGUGGAUCGCGGUCAAGGGCGUUGUCAUGGACCUUACCAACUGGGUCGAGGAGCACCCGGGUGGCCCCCAGGCCCUGUUCAGCCACAUGGGUAAGGACGCCAGCGAGGAGUUCGAGAUGCUGCACGACGACGAGGUCAUCCCCAAGUACGCGCCUAACAUUGUCAUUGGCAGGGUCAAGGGACAGAAGGUCUCGCUGGAGUACUAAGAAGCGAGCUCGGUAGCUGGUUUGAGGUUUUCGGGCGUUGAUGGUUGAAUGUGCUAUGAUGACGGAGCACCUUUGGAAUCGAUCGGACUUGAUGUAUUCAUAUCAUACAUAGCUAAGUGCGCGUGGUGUAUGAUGACUGGCUGGCUGGUUAUUAGCAGCUGGCUCUAUCAUGGAAUGAGGAUUUGAGGAGCAGACAGAUAAUCAAGAAUCACCACUUCUUUACUCG